UUCGAUUCUCUGUAAUCUAUCACUCAGCAGGACGUCGUUUAGAUUUGGAGUUUUGAGUAUAUUUUAUUUGAGCUUGGAAAAUGAAUUAAAAAUGUAUUUUUAACUUUAAUAUUUUGCAUUGUUCUAUAAAUUUUUUAUAAAACUAUUUAAUUUAAAAACUGUUUCUUUUCUUUAUACUUAAGAACGUGUUAAUGUGUUUCCUUUGUUAAGUUGGAUUAGAAAUAAUCUUCACCAUGCCUUCAGCUGAUCAGGUAGCUGAUGUUGAGAUGAAGAGUGUGGACAGUCCGACAGAGGGAGAGGCAGUGGUGGACAAGAAGGAUAUCGACAAUCUGGCCAUUCAGGAUAUACGAGAACAUACCCGCCAGAUCGAGAAAGCUGUUCAGACUAAAGAACCAAGAUUCAUUCUUAGAGUCCUCCGUGCUCUUCCAAACACUCGCAGGAAGCUCAAUCCUGUUGUGUUGCGAGGGCUCAUCUCUGGAUUUUAUACACACUCAAAUUCAGAAAAAGAUGCUCUUCUUAAUUUUGUUGAAGAGCCCAUGGAAGAAAGUGCUAACGUUGUGAAGAUGCGCAGUGGAAAGAGUUCUAGUUCUCCGCUAUUGCCAGAGGUCGACGCUUAUCUUCAUCUCUUGGUUUUGGUAAAACUCAUCGAUGGUGAGAAAUUUAAAGAAGCAGUGCAAUGUUCUGACUUAUUGAUGUCCAAGGUAACUGCGCAGAAUCGUCGGACACUAGAUCUGGUCGCAGCUAAAUGUUAUUUCUAUCAUUCAAGAGCUUACGAACUGACCAGCCAGCUGGAUAAGAUCAGAGGCUUCUUGCAUUCUCGCUUGCGAACGGCCACGCUGAGAAAUGAUUUUGAAGGACAAGCAGUUUUAAUAAACUGUUUACUUCGCAACUAUCUGCACUAUAAUCUUUACGAUCAAGCAGAUAAGCUGGUAUCAAAAUCUGUUUUUCCAGAGACUGCAAGUAACAACGAGUGGGCACGUUUUCUGUAUUACUUGGGAUGCAUCAAGGCCGCUCGCUUAGAGUAUUCCGCUGCUCACAAACAUCUUGUGCAAGCGAUGCGCAAGGCUCCUCAGUCAACAGCAGUAGGUUUCCGUCAGACCGCACAGAAGUUAGCAGUCACUGUCGAGCUGUUACUGGGGGAUAUCCCUGACCGUCAGAUAUUCAGACAGGCAGCACUCCGUAGAUCCUUGGCUCCUUACUUUCAGCUGACCCAAGCAGUACGAAUGGGUAACCUACAGAGAUUCGGUGAAGUUCUGGAGAACUUUGGACCUCAAUUCCGUGCUGACAACACUUUCACCUUGAUUUUACGUCUGCGUCACAAUGUCAUCAAAACUGCCAUAAGAAGCAUCGGUCUCUCCUACUCCCGUAUCACACCAGCCAACAUUGCUCGCAAAUUGGCCUUGGACUCUCCGGAGGAUGCAGAGUUUAUUGUUGCUAAGGCUAUCCGUGAUGGUGUGAUUGAAGCCACUCUGGACCCAGAACACGGUUACAUGCAGAGCAAGGAAGCCACAGACAUCUAUUGUACAAGAGAACCCCAACUCGCUUUCCAUCAGCGUAUCUCAUUCUGCCUGGACCUGCACAACCAGAGUGUCAAGGCCAUGAGGUACCCACCUAAGUCCUACGGCAAGGAUCUCGAAUCAGCAGAGGAGCGUCGGGAACGAGAACAGCAGGAUCUGGAAUUGGCUAAGGAAAUGGCCGAAGAAGAUGAUGAUGGCUUCCCCUGAACCUUGUUUCUGGAAAAACACCUCUUUUUUUACUCUUUAAGCUCUUGUGUUGUUGUAAACAAUAGUGCUUAAUUAAAGAAUAUUUAUGUUUAAAUUA